UUUUUGUUGUGUGGAUCAAGAUUUUGAUACAAUGUCAGCUGUUGAUGUUGCAUUGAGUCCGAUUCACAUCGAAUCUGGUUUACUCCGAAACCCGAAUGAAUCUAUAGCUAUAUACUUAACUGUAGCUGGAUCAGUGAUUCCCAUGUGCAUUUUGGAGUCCGAUUCGAUUGCAUCAGUGAAGUUAAGGAUUCAAACAUGUAAAGGGUUUUUAGUUAAGAAACAAAAGUUAGUUUUUCAAGGAAGAGAGCUGUCAAGAAACAGUUGUUUAGUUAAAGAUUAUGGUGUUUCAAGUGGUGCUGUUCUGCAUUUGAUUCUUAGAGUUUCUAAUCGUCUUGUGAUGAUCACGGUUGAAACCGCUUUUGGGAAAGAGUUUGAGUUUCAGGUUGAUAGGUUUAGAAACGUGCGUUUUUUGAAACAAAAGAUAGCUCAAGUAGCAAAAGGGUUUGCAUUUGUGGAUGUUGAGGAUCAGGAGAUUCUGUGUGAUGGUAAGAAGCUUGAUGAUCAGAGGCUUGUUGAUGAUAUUUGUAAGAAUCGUGAUGCUAUCGUUCACUUAGUUGUUGUAAAACCUGCACGACUCGAGAAAGAUAAGAUUCAGACUAGAUUAGAGAAUGUUGGAUUUCUCUUGCAGCCUGUUAUUGUUAAUCCUAAUUUGAAAAUUUCGCCUGCUAUAUGGAGUAUGCUUAACUCUGCAUCAGAAGGACUGAGAAAAGUGAAAAACCCGAUUAGAUCAUCUGAGGGUACUGGGGGCGCUUACCUUAUGCAGCAUCCUUCGGGGAAUAAGUAUGUUGCUGUUUUUAAGCCUAUGGAUGAGGAACCGUUGGCGGUUAAUAACCCUCGAGGGCUACCUCCAUCUGCAAACGGUGAAGGACUAAAGAAAGGGACUAAGGUAGGUGAAGGUGCACUGAGGGAAGUUGCAGCAUACAUCUUGGACCAUCCAUUGACUGGACCUCGUUCAUCAAAGAAUGAAAAUGAGACCGGUUUUGCUGGUGUAGCCCCAACAAUUAUGGUUAAAUGUUUGAAUCCGCAAUUUAAUCAUCCACGAGGGUAUGAUGGUGGACAGGAAAACAUAAAGGUUGGGUCUUUGCAGAUGUUUAUGAAGAACUGUGGAAGUUGUGAAGAUAUGGGUCCAAGGGAUUUUCCAGUGGAGGAGGUUCAUAAGAUCACAGUUUUUGAUUUAAGAACAGCGAAUGCUGAUAGGCAUGCAGGGAACAUCUUGAUGAACAGAGAAGGGGACCGUAUCGUGCUGAUCCCUAUUGAUCACGGAUACUGUUUGCCUGAGAAUUUUCAAGAUUGCACAUUUGAUUGGAUGUAUUGGCCACAAGCACGGGAACCAUACUCUCAAGAAACUCUCGACUACAUAAACUCAUUAGAUGCAGAGCAAGAUAUAGCACUCUUGAGCUCAUAUGGCUGGGACCUCUCAGUAGAGUGUUCACGUACACUUCGCAUCUCUACCAUGCUUCUCAAAAAAGGUGCUACAAAAGGGCUCUCUCCUUUUGCCAUAGGUCAGAUCAUGUGCAGAGAAAACUUGAACAAGGAAUCUAUGAUCGAGAAGAUUAUUCAGAAAGCCCAUGACUCCAUGCUCACUGGAAUGAGUGAGGCUGCAUUCCUUGAAACUGUUAGCAGAAUCAUGGAUUCCGAGCUCGAGAAUAUGUCUUAGGACAUCUGUAGGUAUAUAUAAAAUAUGUAACUGGUCUGAAUUGGAUGGAAAUGAAGUGUGGAUGACUCACUUCGUCGUCCUCGGGCAUAUAAGAACUUUAGUAAUUUGUGGCUUCUAGUUUUCUUAUAAAGUAUUUGCUUCGAAACACUGUCGAGGGGAUCGAUAGCAUUCAAGAAACAAUACAAAUAAAACUAUGAUCAGCAAUCAGUGUUUUUUAGAUCUAGUUGCUGAAUUUGGCUUUUAUAGAUAUAUGCUUGUACACGCUCUGUAACGAAGCUUUUGUUGUGAAUGAUAAUGUUAUUGAGU